AUGCAAUGGAAUGUACUACGGACUGUUUCUGGGCUAGUACAUCGGACAUGCUUGGAACCACCAAAAGUUGGUCUUUUUGGACACUGUCAAAGCAUAAAACGACUAUUACUUUUGUAUAAUGCUGAGUCAAAAGUAGUGUUAGUGCAAGGCUUUCAGAAACAACGUCUACACUUGUCAGCUGCCCAAUGUGUUGCAAAGAAAAGGAAGUCACUCGAUGCUCAGCUAUCUCUACUUGGGGUCCUUCACUGUAAACAGUGGGAGCAAAAUAUUCUAUCCAAGAGGAUUGUAUCAUCUGAUGCUACAUCCCAGGGAACUCCCACAGGAAAAAAGGAAGAACCAGAUCCUUUACAAGACAAAUCUAUUAGUCUGUAUCAACGAUUUAAGAAAACAUUUAGACAGUAUGGAAAAGUUUUGAUUCCAGUACACCUAAUAACUUCUGGUGUUUGGUUUGGGACAUUUUACUAUGCAGCCAUAAAAGGAGUGAAUGUCAUUCCUUUUCUAGAAUUUAUUGGGUUACCUGACAGCAUAGUCAACAUUCUCAAAAAUUCCCAGAGUGGAAAUGCACUAACAGCAUAUGCCUUGUAUAAGAUUGCAACACCUGCCCGAUAUACCAUGACUUUGGGAGGAACAUCUUUUACUGUGAAAUAUUUGCGAAGUCGUGGCUACAUGUCAACACCUCCUCCUGUGAAGGAAUAUCUACAGGACAGGAUGGAAGAAACCAAGGAGCUUCUCACAGAGAAAAUGGAAGAAACAAAGGAUAGACUCACUGAAAAAUUACAUGAAACCAAAGAAAAAGUUUCUUUUAAGAAAAAAGUGGAAUAG